AUGAGGAGAGGAGGUGGGGGUUGGCCGCAACGUCCCCUCUUACUAACCCCCUUUUACGAAGGGGAGGCCGCAGCGUGGCGUGGGGGGGUUGAGUGGGGGAUGAGGAGAGGAGGUGGGGGGGUGGCCGCAGCGUCCCCUCUUACUAACCCCCACAUCCCCACCCCCAAUCAACCAACCCCCUUUAACCUCACCCCCCAUUUCAACCGCCCCCUGGAACCGCUCUCCCUCCCCCCUUUUCUUCCUCCAUACCCCUCCCCACCCACGAUGAUCCCUGUACAGUCCUUCACAGGUGGGGCUGCUGGUCACAAGUGGGGCUGCUGGUCACAAGUGGGGCUGCUGGUCACAGGUGGGGCUGCUGGUCCUGGUGUUACGGCGCUGGUGCUGGUGCCUGGUGCUGGCGUGACGGCGCUGGUGCCGGUGCCUGGUGCUGGCGUGACGGCGCUGGUGCCGGUGCCUGGUGCUGGCGUGACGGCGCUGGUGCUGGUGCAUGGUGCUGAUGGGGCGCGACGGGUGGGACGAACUGCAGACGGGCUACAGGCUGGGCGGGAUCUGACGGUAGGAGGCGCGCAAGCGCUGCAUUCCGCCGCCACUCCCUUCCCCCUUUCCCUCUCCCCCCCACAGCGUUCCGCCGCCAAUCCCUUCCCCUCCUCCCUCUCCCACCCACAGCGACCGCCGCUGCACAUGCGAACAGUCGCGAUGGGGGGGCAGGCGUAG